UAUUCCAAAAAAAGCGAGCUUCGGAACCAAGAGCAACGGUGCGUGGGCGUCAAGGCAAAAAUUUAUCCGUAAUUCAAUUUGAUUAAAAUGACGAGGGUUUAUGCUCCAGAAAACGAUUUCUCAUAAACCCAUGUAAAUUUUCCUGAAAAUCAUGCUCCUUUCUCGCUUUCUUUUCUUUUCCUCAAAACACGGCUCAAGGCAACCCCUCAAUCUGCUCCAGAGGUUCAGUCAAUGUAAGAACAUUCAAUCUCGUAGCUAUGCGAAAUCAACAGGCCCUAAUCGUGCAAAACAAGAUCGUUGUAUUGUGCCUUUAGUGCACGAAGAAGAAACACAGGCUUCUCGCUCUUGGGGUGCUCGCACAUGGGGUGCCCUUGUCAUCCCAGUUGCUGUAUUUUCUGGAUUGGCUACUUUUGUUUAUUUGAAUGAUCAGAGGAGGGCAAUUCCAAAAGGUGAAAGCAACAAAUUUGAUUGUGUCGAUGUCAAGGGCCCAAUUAUUGGUGGUCCAUUUACGCUGAUUGAUACAGACAAUCGGGUAGUUACUGAAAAGAACUUUCUGGGGAAUUGGGUUCUGCUGUACUUUGGUUAUACAUCCUCCCCUGAUGUUGGACCUGAACAAGUCCAAGUGAUGGCCAAGGCCAUAGAUAUGUUAGAGUCAAAGGACAACCUUAAGGUCUUACCUGUCUUUGUCUCUAUUGAUCCGCAACGUGACACUCCCUCGCAUCUUCGAGCUUACCUUAAAGAAUUUGAUUCGAGGAUAGUUGGACUGACAGGACCUGUUGUUGCUGUAAGGCAGAUGGCACAAGAGUACCGUGUCUAUUUCAGAAAAGUUGAAGAGGAAGGCGAUGAUUACCUUGUCGAGUCUUCCCAUAACAUGUACUUAAUCAAUCCGAACAUGGAGAUUGCAAAAUGCUUCGGUAUUGAGUAUAAUGCUGAGCAAUUAUCAGAAGCAAUACGGAAGGAAUUAAAGAGACACUCGCCAUAGCCCGCUUGACAAUUUGAUAAUCUGAGGGUAGACAGAAAGCUUUUGUUUUAGGUAGAACGCUAACAUUACUUCAUCAUUUCUUUAUUUUGAUUAUUCUUCAAAACAUUGCCCACCAUUCUGGGGGUUGAGGAGUCUGGGGUGAGAGAUUCCUAACCGUUGAGAGUAUGUUUGUUGGAAUAUUAUACAAUGAUGAAAUUGAAAUGUCAUACAAUGACUAAGGUGCGGCUUAAUAGUUUGAUAGAAUGAGUUCAGCUUGAAAGAUUGAGGUAUUUUUUUUGAUAAAUAACUGUAAAUUCAGUCUUUUAUUCUUAUUAUUGUUUGAUUUUUCUCUUCGAAAAUGACAUCCACAUUCAUGUAAUAUAAUUAGAGAGCUUUUCAUUAA